UCGAAAUAUUUUUUUUAUUCAAGAAAAACUUUUAUUUUUGUAUUUAAACACUGGAAAUCUGGAAUUAAGUGAUAUUAUGUGUAAAUCAACUUCAAGUCCAGGAUUUAGAGUACCGCUAGUAAAUUAAAUUACCCAAGAGGGUUCAAGGCUGGGAAGACAUCGCCAUUUUCGCAGCAACCAUAUCGACGAUUAAAAAUGGAUAAGUUUUGUGUGAUUUUUUUGAAAGUUAAUGAGAGUGGAAGACUUAUCAGAGGAUAGAAGUUUGAAGAAUUCUGAAGUUGCAUCAAUUUUUGAAGAGGACUCAUGUGUGAGGUCUGAAUUUAAUAUUAAAAGAAAGACUAUAACAUGAAUAUGUCGGGGUCAACAUUUCCACCUCCUUAUAUCACAGACUUGGACUGGGACUGCUAUCUUAACUCCAAUGAAUCUGACGCCAAUUACAGUUGUUGGUACGAAAGUUUGUACCCUGAUCCCAGGGGACCUAAAGAUCCAUCGUAUUACUCCCUCAAAUACCAGAUCGUUGGAACUGUUUUCCAGGGCAUUGUCUUUCUUGUCGGAAUUUUGGGGAACAUCAUGGUGGUCAUUGUAGUCACUCGCACUAGAAGCAUGCACACCCCCACCAACUGCUACCUUGUCAGUUUAUCCAUUGCCGAUUUCAUGACCCUCAUAGCUUCAGUACCGAACGAGAUAUUGGCGUAUUAUCUUCUGGGCGACGAAUGGAUUUGGGGACAAGUUGGCUGCGCCAUAUUCAUCUUUCUCCAGUAUCUUGGCAUAAACGUAUCGUCACUGUCGAUAACGGCAUUUACGAUAGAACGGUACAUCGCUAUCUGCCAUCCGAUGAAAGCCCAGAUAGUCUGUACAGUGAGCAGAGCCAAGAAGAUCAUAAUCGGGUUGUGGAUCUUUGCAUGUCUGUAUUGCAGUCCUUGGCUGUUCCUCACCAAGAUUAAACCACUGCAGUAUAAAGGUUUGGAAGACAGGGAGACAUGCACUUUUGCUUUGUCCCGAAAGAAUUACCUGGGCUACUUCUUUGCUGAUUUUAUUCUGUUCUACAUCUUCCCUCUUCUUUUAUCCUGCGUCCUCUAUGGGUUGAUUGCGAGAGUCCUCUUCACCAGAGAUAUCCAGAAGAAUUCCAAUGGAAAAUCCAACGGCAUGGUGUCGCCUCAGGAGUCCAAGAAGAAUUCAUCUAAUGGAACCAGUGCAAGAGCUCAGGUGGUGAAAAUGUUGGCAGUGGUGGUUGCCGUCUUCGCUACCCUGUGGCUCCCGUACCGAGUUCUGGUCGUGUACAACUCGUUUGCUAUUCACCGAUAUAUGGAGCUCUGGUUUCUCAUGUUCUGCAAGACCAUGAUCUUCAUCAACAGCGCCAUAAAUCCAAUUCUCUACAAUGUCAUGUCCAUCAAGUUCCGGCGAGCAUUUAAAAUAAUGCUCUCCUGCGGGAAAACCAAGCGAAAAUUUCGGGGACCGUACAUCAGCGUUGCUGGAUCCCUCGUUCGACGUCAGCAUCAAACUGUGACGUCACAAAUUACGUCAUGCACAGUGGAACAAAUGCAAAUUCUGUGAUGUGAUGCGAUUCACUGCAAUCCGGAUAAAACACUUUAAUUCAGAAAUUGGUGUCUAUGGCAACCUCUUUUACUGUGUCAAAUGUGUUUAAGUGGUGGUUUCUAUUCUACUUGAUGGGAUUUUCAAUUAGAAAUGCACAUUUCAUGUUACUU